AUCAGUUGGCGCUUUAACUAUUUCAAGGUUGCUGAUCAUGUGUAACUGAGAAUGAAUUUUGGCAAUUUACAAUGCUUUGUGGGCAAAGGUGGUAUGAAUUCAGCCAUCAGUGCAACUAUAAAAGACGAAGAGUGUAAAGUUGAACAGCAACUACGACAGCAACAACAAGCACAUCACCUCCAACAACAGCAACAGCAACAGCAAGCUCAACAGCAACAACAACAACAACAGCAAUUGCUCAGACCAAAUCCCGCAUAUAAUUUUGGACCAUGGGAUUGGAAUGCUAUGCAUAAUAACAAUAACAACAAUAGCAAUAAUAAUAAUAACAAUAACAAUAAUAGUACCAUGAAUAGUAUUAUUACUAAUGGAAGUCAACAACAAUUGUCUAGACCAUUUUUUCCUGAUAAUGAUGUUAUGAAAAUGAUUAAUUUUAUAAAACAAGAAAAUUAUGGACCUGCAAUGAUUAAUCAUGCUAAUUUCAAUCAUGACAAUAAUAAUAAUAACAAUAAUAGCAACAGUAUUAAUAAUAAAAUGAAUUUAAUGCGUGAUGCUCCACCCCCAUUGGAUAAAUUAAUCGAAAUGGGUUAUCCAGGCCAGCAUUACCCUUAUACACUGGAUCAAUUGCAUUCACAAUUUCAAUUUAAUCAAAGCAGAUGUCCACCUACAACAACAGCGUUAUAUAAAGAUCCCAGUAUACACAGUGAAGAGAAUCACAUCUACUCUGAGGUUAAUAACAGCGGCAGUAACAAUAGCAACAACAACAGCAAUAAUAAUAAUAAUGGCAUUAAACCUGAAAUCCAAGAAGAUCAAUCACCGCUAGAUAAAAGCACAUGUAAAGGCGAAAAAUUCGCUUGUGAUCAUUGUGAGAAGAAAUUCAAGACAAAAUCAUAUUUAAGUGAACAUAUAAAAGUUAUUCAUGAAGGCAUUUUAAUCCAAUGUGACGAAUGUGGUAGUGGUUUCAAGUCGACUAGUUCGCUUAAAAAUCAUAUUAAUCUAGUACAUAAAGGUCUGGGAUUUCAAUGUCAUUAUUGUAACAAGGUGUUUACACAAAGGCAUACCCUGAUCAUACAUGAAGAAUGCGUUCAUAAAGGUAUUAAAAUAUCUUGUGAUCAUUGUAAUAAGAAAUUUGCAUCAAGAUGGUAUUUAAAAGAGCAUAUUACAAUUGUUCAUGAAGGUAAUUUAUUAAAAUGCGAAUUAUGUGGCCGAUCAUUCAAUUCGCAUUGUGCACUACGUUAUCAUUCAAAUAUUGUGCAUAAAGAUCAUAAAUUCCAAUGUCCACAUUGUCCUAAAACAUUUCGAUUAAAAAGAUACUUGGAAGGUCAUGUGAAACGAGUACAUGCAAGCUUAGGAAAAGGUAAUCCUCAACCACCACCCGGUUGACCGAUGCAUUGUUUUGUUCUCAAUGGCGCGUACAACACACCAACAAACACAUACUCACUUGUAGACAAUCUCAGAUUGAUUGGUGACCAUUGGCUGCACAUUCACUCGCUCACACACACACAAAGAAAACACAUUAAAUCUCUUUUAUAGUCCUUUUACAUUUAUCAUUAAAAAUUAUGAAUGUUACUGACGAAACGUAUAAUAUU